UUGAAAUUUGUGUGCACUCGCCAACGAUAUUAUUACUAUUAUGGCGAGUCGUAUAAUUGCCUGAGCGACUACGUUGAUCCCUUAAUGAAAUUCGAUGAUUAGAGCCAUUACUGUGUACUCUGUUUUUUAAUAUUCUAUUGAAGUUUACCGUUUACUGUUUACAACAAAAGCCAGCAUAGAUCAGUUCACUCAGUAUCGCAGUCAUGUGCUGUUUGCUCGAGCACAUUUUCAAAAUUCUGGUUUUUAUCUGUGCCAUUUUUAUAAAAUUUCUUGUGGCCGCCAAUUUAGUAAUACAUUUCUACUAUAUCAGGUUUCAUGGACCGCAAGGUUAUAAAGGCUUUUAUAAGCUUAACUUAACACUUAGGAAAUACAUGUUUAUCUAUUUGGCACAGUUUUCACUUCGGGAAUAGAAAACUACUACUUAUUGUGGACAAUGCAAAGCUGGUGCGGAACCCUAAUGGUCGUAAUCAAGUUUAAGGAUCUGUGUUAUCUGCAAUGGUGGCUUCUGAUGACUUCGACCUUUAUUUUAGCUGGCUUUUUUCUACACUUGAUCCUGUUCGACUUCCAAGGAGAACACUUGGGUACCAAUGAAAAAGUUCACAACUACUUUGGUCUCGGGCUUAUGUUGGUCUCCCUUCUAACUGUCGCAAGCUAUUCCCGAACCCUAAGGCCACCAGAAGAAUCAGACCUUUUAUUUAAGGCGACCACUAAUUAAGCGUUUUUUAACGAAUCUUAUCAUAUUUUGUAAAAUGUUUACUUUUACUUCUUAUGUCCUCUUGGCACAUAACAUUUCUAUGAUAGUUAUGAUUAAUCGUCUUUGGAAAAAUUUUGAAAUUUGGAAAAAACUUUGAUUUGAAGUUUGUAUACGAAACGGUUCAUUUAAUAGAUUCAAGGCAAUUUGUUGUAGCCUUUUAUUGGUAACUAUAUGUAGUUGGUAGUGUACCUUCGCACAUUUCCCUGGCGCCCUUUGUCACUUUGUGGAUUACAUUACCAAGAAAGAGGGAAGUGUUAAAUUUAAGUACCUCGACUGCCAAAUACCCAUUACACAGAUAGUGGAGCACGAAAUUUUAAAAUUUUGCUCGCAUGUGGAAGGAUGUUUGCUAGAUAAAUAUCAAGAUCAAAGAUUUGUUAAAACAAAUAUAUAUAUAUUUUUUUUUUAAUAUUUAUUAAGUUUACCAUCACAGUGUGGAGAAAUAUUCUUAUGAAUUACCAAACACUAUAAAAAAAACAAAUAAUAAAAUAAUUAAAUAAUUAUUUUUUUAAGAGGUUUUUGCUUAACGUUGUUUGACGUCUCUAAAGUUGCAUGUUUUGUAGUUCCCGAGGUCUCGACGGUUAUACGGACGGACAUGGCCAGAAAGACUUAACUAGUCUAGACUAGUGAUCAAAAAUAUAUUUAUACUCUUUAGGGUAGAAAUGCUUGCAUCUACACUUUAAUGAACACAGUAAUCGGUGUAAUUUCCCCAACCUGUCUAAUAAACCUAAACGGCAAUAAAUAAAAAACUAUCACAGGA